AAUGACGUGUCCCCUGGUAGUGUUCCCGCCAGAGAUUUUAGGUCCCAUUUCCUCUUUGCUCCCCACUGCGUUUACCAAAAAAGAAAAACAAGAAAAAAGAAAAUGUCGUCUUCGUCAUCGAGAACCCUAAUGGAUGUGCUGAAGCAACCAGCAGCAAAGCGCGUAAAACGGGUCUCUUCGCCAGAAAACUUGAUUUGUAGUGCCCAAGACCCCAAAGACGUAUCAUCCCUAACGUCUGAGCAAAAGUCCAGAAUGGAGUUCAAUAGAUCACUCGCAAAGGCAAAAAGGAACCUCAAACUUUGUUCUGAUAAAAUCAACAAAUCAAACCCAAACGGUGAGGGAGUUGGAUAUGUGAAGUUACAGGAACUGUUGAUUGAGGAGACAUGGUUGGAAGCACUGCUAGGGGAAUUUCAAAAGCCCUAUGCAGGGAACUUGUGCAAAUUUGUGGAAAAAGAAAUUAAUGGCGGUGUCCCAAUUUAUCCUCCACAACAACUGAUUUUUAAUGCUCUUAACACUACUUCAUUUGACAGGGUGAAGGCUGUCAUCAUUGGACAGGUAGAGUUUCUAGGUUUGAAGGAUCCAUAUCAUGGACCAGGUCAGGCAAUGGGCCUCUCUUUCUCGGUGCCUAAAGGUGUGAAAGUCCCUUCUAGUCUGAUGAACAUAUAUAAAGAACUUAAGCAAGAUUUGGGCUGUUCAAUACCAGUUCAUGGAAAUCUUGAACAAUGGGCUGUACAGGGCGUUCUGCUUCUAAAUGCUGUUUUAACAGUUAGGCAUCAUCAGGCAAAUUCUCAUGCAAAUAAAGGCUGGGAGCAAUUUACAGAUGCUGUCAUAAAAACAAUUUCUCAGAAGAAAGAGGGAGUGGUUUUCAUUCUGUGGGGUAACUAUGCCCAAGCAAAAGCCAGGUUAGUUGAUGAAACAAAGCACCAUAUUCUGAAAUCAGCACACCCUUCUGGCUUGUCUGCAAAUAGAGGCUUCUUUGGAUGUCGGCAUUUUUCUCAGACAAAUCAACUUUUGGAAAAGAUGGGAAUACCUCCCAUUGAAUGGCAACUAUAAGCUGCUUCUCAACCAUCAAUUUUGGAAUGCUAGUGCUGCAUGGAUUUGCCACUAAGAAGUGAUUCUUCUAGGGAGGCGUGUCUUGCCGUAAAUGGAAAUUGGAUAUGGUUUUGCUGCUUUUCUGUUAUUUUGUUAUAGUAUGUCCGGGGAAUGUAUAUAUACUACUGCUUUCUAGUUAUUGGAACGGUGUAUCUUUAGUUAGUUAUUAAAAAGUUGACUAAAUCGUGUCUUCUCAUUCUAUUGUAGUAAUUAUUUUGAUUUUGACUGCAAUGGAUUCACUCAUACUGCUUUUCAA